AUGCUCAUUCGACCGUAUCUCGCACCAUCGACGACCCCUAGCCUCUUCACUCCCUUCCACUUCUCCUCCAUCGAUGGAAAAACCUCGUGCGCCGCUAUCGACGGUGGCCUGGUGAUGAACAAUUCGGCAGCAGCUGCCGUCACGCAUGUCCUCCACAACAAGCGCGAUUUCCUAUCAGUGAACAACAUGGAGGAUCUCCUCGUCCUGUCCAUCAGAAAUGGAGCUCAGGCGAAGAGAAUGAACAAUGCCGGUGAGUGCUCGACGUCGAUGGUGGUUGACAUUGCGCUCGACGACAUUUCCGAGACUGUUGACCAGAUGCUAGGAAAUGCCUUCUGUUGGAAUCGUACGGACUAUGUCAGGAUUCAGGAUGAGGAGAUCCUCCACACCAUUCAUCGAUGGGAAAUCGCGCUUGUUGUGGAGGACUUGCGUGACGGCAGUUGCUGCCGGAUUGUUCAUCACCAGGCCGCCAUCGACGGUGGUGCAUGA